AUGUCGUCUCAGGAAGGUCGCCAAUCUCCCCCUCCCGAGUCUCAGACCGGCCGCCAACAGAACGAUGCGCCUGGCUCUGGGCAAGGUGUCAAUAAAGUCAACGUCGACGACAAGAAGGGCGAGAUGGGAGAUCAACUCAAAAACUUAUCUUCGAACCCUAAGGGUCCACUUGACGAGGCGCUUGCAGCCAAAUUCUCCAAGGAUACAGAGCCGCAAGCGAAGUAG